AUGGAUGAGCUUAUAGACAUGAAUGAAGAAGAUGCUCUAGCUGAGAUAAAUUUGGAAGCUACACAACUAGAAGAACAGCAAAGUGAAACACAUUCUGGGGAAUCAGCUCAAGCUCCACACAAGAGACGUAAAACAUCACGGAAUGUGAGCUGUGGAACUCAUCAUCUACAACGCCACUUGGAAGAUAAGAAGGCAUAUGAUCAGAAGAGAGAUUGUGAGAUGGUUAGUGAGGUAAUCAUUUAUCAUGAUCUUCCGUUCAGAUACGUAGAAUACGAGAAGGUUAGACAACGAGACAAGUAUCUGAAUCUAGAGUGUCAGACCAUUUGUACACAAACGGCUGCAGCAGAUGUUUAUAAGAGGUAUGAAGUAGAAAAGGAAGAGCUGAAGAAAGUGUUUGCUAGACAUACUGCUCGGGUUUGCUUUACUUCUGAUCUUUGGACAUCUCGCCCUUAUAGCAUGGGAUACAUAUGUCUUACUGUCCACUUCAUAGAUGAUGGCUGGAACUUGCAAAGUAAAAUUUUUGCUUUAUGCGAUUUGAAGCCUCCACACACAGGAGAAGAGAUUGCUAACAAGAUUCUGGAGUGUAUGAUGGAAUGGGGUUUAGAGAAGAAGGUAUUCUCUAUUACCUUAGACAAUGCUAAUAAUAACGACAGUAUGCAGAGGAUCCUCAAGGGACAGUUUCAGAUGAUGAGUGGUUAUGGCUUAUUGUUGGAUGGCAAGUAUUUACAUGUGAGAUGUUGUGCGCACAUCCUGAACUUGAUAGUGAAAGAAGGCUUGGAAUUAGCAAAAGAUCUUUUGCAUAACAUCAGGGAAAGUGUGAGGUAUGUGAAAGCAUCUCAGACAAGAAUUCAAGCCUUUGCAGCAUGUGUAGAGCAAGUGGGGAUUCUUGGUGGAUCUGGUUUAUCACUUGACGUUUAUACCAGGAGGAACUCUACUUAUGAAAUGCUCAUUAGAGCGUUAAAGUUUAGGGAAGCAUUUAAAAGCUUGGAGGCUUUUGACAGGCACUACAAAUGGCUACCUUCUGAAAGAGAGUGGGAUCGUGGGCAAAAAAUAAGUGAGUUGCUGAAACCUUUCAGUCAAAUUACUACUCUCUUUUCAGGGUCAAAGUACCCAACAUCUACUGUGUACUUCACAGAAAUUUGGAAGAUUGAGUUAUUGCUGAAGUAUUUUGCGAGUUGUGAUGAUUAUGAUUUGAAGCAGGUGGCUAAGGAAAUGCAAGUUAAAUUUGCUAAGUACUGGGAAGAUUACAGCAUCAUUUUGGCUAUGGGGGCAAUUUUAGAUCCAAGGCUGAAUUUGGAAGUUCUUGAGAAAGCUUAUGAGAGAGUGGAUCCUUCUAAUUUUAGUUUAAAAACUGAAGAGCUGAGGACUAAUUUGACUAAACUUUAUAAAGAGUAUCAAGCUAGGACUUGGGGCAGUUGUUCUGGUACUUCAUCUACACCAACUCCACAUGAUCUAGUUACUGAAUCACCUCUUGAAGAUGAUUUAGACAAUAAGAGGCUAGAUAGAAGGUCUUUUCGCAAUUUGGAUGUUUUAAGCUAUUGGAGAGAAAACCAAGCUCGAUUUGGUGAUUUGGCGAUGAUGGCACGUGAUAUACUGAGUAUCCCUAUCACCACAGUAGCAUCUGAAUCAGAAGAUGUUGAUGAUAUGUGCAACGAAGAUGCUAGGAAGAAUACAAGUACUUCUGGAGUCGAGGGUUCAAGAUCAGAAGAUUCAAAUGGAGAGGGUGUGAGAAUGUGA